AUGUGCGGUAUCUUUGCUUACAUGAAUUUCAUUAAAGAUAAAAAGCUUAAAGACAUCCUUAUAAAGCUUCUUGGAGGUCUUAAAAAGCUAGAGUACAGAGGUUACGACUCAUGCGGAAUUGCAUUUGAUAUCGGUAACGAAUACGAGCGCAUGAUCGUCACUGCAAAGUCCAAGGGAACAGUUGAUAAUCUCUUAAAUCUCAUCAAAGAUUAUCUUACAAAUGAGACAAUUUUCGAAAAUCAUGUUGCCAUUGCCCAUACAAGGUGGGCUACACACGGUCCACCAACAGCUGGAAAUGCUCACCCGCAUAUUUCGUCUCCAAAGAUGGAAUUUGUCGUUGUUCACAACGGUAUUAUUUCAAAUUAUGCCGAAAUGAAGAACAGAUUGCUUCAAGAACCAACAUUCUCUGUUUCACCUAAACAAAACAACGAUGAUACCGAAAUCUUGAUCGAAGAUGAAAAGAAUUCCAAAGCAGAAUUCACUUCUGAGACAGACACAGAAGUUUUGGCCAAGCUUGCCUUGUUCAUGUAUAACAAGCUCACAGUUGAACUCGGCAGACAGCCAACAUUCCUCCAAGUUAUUGCAAAUACAAUGAAACUUGUCGAAGGAACAUUCGGCGCUGUUUUCAAAUCAUCCAUUUAUCCAAAUGAAGUCAUUGCCUGCCGUCUUUCUUCCCCAUUACUCCUUGGUCUUGUUUAUGAUGGCGAUAAACAAUAUUCACAAGCAGCUCGCUCCAUUGAUAUGAAGAGAGAAGACAGAGUUGGUUCCAUCCAUGACUUUGGUGAGCCAAUUUCCCACUCAGCUCCAAAGCCAGGCGAACUUUUCCUUGCAUCUGACGCUCCUGCCUUUGCUGAGUACACAAAGAACGUCAUUAUCCUCGAAGACUGGGAUAUUGUCCACAUUUCCGAGGAAGGUGUCGACAUUAUCAACACAGCUCCAACAAAUGUCCAGACCAACUCAACACGUUCAUUAGAAACACUCCAACUCUCACUUGAAAACAUCGCUAAGGGCAAAUACGGACAUUUCAUGCAUAAGGAAAUCAUGGAACAGCCACAAUCAUUAGCUUCUACAAUGAGAGGCAGAAUUUUACCAGGAAGUACAGAUAUACACCUCGGUGGUAUGAUACCUCACAUCGAUACAAUCAAAAACUCGAAAUACCUCAUUUUCAUCGCUUGUGGUACAUCAUACAACGCUGCUCUUGCAGUUAGACCACUUUUCGAACAAUAUACGAAGCAGAGAAUUUUCGUUGAGGUCGCUUCCGACUUCAAUGAUCGCAAACCAGUCAUUUUCAGAGAUGAUGUUUGCGUAUUCCUUUCCCAAUCAGGCGAAACAGCUGAUACAUUAACUGCUUUAGAGUACUGCAAGAGCGCCGGUGCAUUCUGUGUUGGUAUCAACAAUACUCCUGGCUCAUCAAUCUCCCGAGGAACACAUUGCGGCAUUCACCUCAACGCAGGUAUCGAAAUCGGUGUUGCAUCAACAAAGUGCUACACAUCAAUGAUCGAAGCACUCAUAAUGUUCCUUCUUUUGCUGAUGCAAGAUUCGAUUUCCCAGAGAAAGGAGAGAAAGAAAGCUCUUCAAGCCUUGGCAUCUCUUCCAUCCAUUGUCGAAGAGACAUUGAAGCUUUCUCCAACAAUUCAAGAGAUCGCUCCUUUCGUUGCAAACGAACAGAACUUGAUCAUGUUGGGCAGAAAGACACAUUACGCAACAGCCAGAGAAACAGCUCUGAAGAUCAAGGAACUCACUUACAUCCACUCCGAAGGUCUCAUGGCCGGCGAACUCAAACACGGACCAUUGGCUUUGAUCGAUGACCAUUCAAUGGUUAUUUUCAUUGCUACAGGAGAAGAUGACGAAAUGCUCGCUGCUACACAGUCUUCUCUCCAGCAAAUCAAAGCUCGUGGUGCUAAAGUCCUCGUUGUUGCAACACAGGAUGAUAUCCCAAGAGUCAAGGAGUUCUCUGACUGGUUAGUUAUUGUUCCAAAGACUUGCCAGUGGACACAGAUGAUUGUAAACAUCAUCCCAAUGCAGUUACUCGCGUACUACGUCGCUUUGCAGAAGGGAAUCAAUGUAGACAGACCAAGAAACUUGGCUAAGGCUGUCACAGUCGCAUAA